ACCUGACACGUUUUCAAUGAAUAUUCUGGGUCUUUACAGUGAAAUGCCCAAAUUUACGGCAAUUAUGGAUAUAAUUCGUUUGUUAUGGUUAGUACGGAUUGUGUGGGCUGUUGAAGAUGUGUUAAUGGACUCCACGAUGGCAACGGCUGAGCUGGGCUGGACGAUAUAUCCAUCAUUGGGGUGGGAGGAGGUGAGCGGCUACGAUGAGCACAUGAAUACCAUCCGCACCUACCAAGUGUGCAAUGUUUUUGACGCCAACCAGAACAACUGGGUGCGCACCAAAUACAUCCGGCGGCGAGGAGCCCAGCGCAUCCACGUGGAGAUGAAGUUCUCUGUGCGAGACUGCAGCAGCAUCCCUAACGUUCCUGGUUCCUGUAAAGAGACCUUCAACCUUUACUAUUUUGAGGCUGACUCUGAAGUAGCCACCAAGGUGUAUCCAGCCUGGAUGGAGAACCCCUGGAUCAAGGUGGACACCAUUGCGGCUGAUGAGAGCUUCUCCCAGGUGGAUCUGGGUGGACGCGUAAUGAAGAUCAACACGGAAGUACGGAGCUUUGGGCCUGUGUCUCGUAAUGGCUUCUAUUUGGCCUUUCAGGAUUAUGGAGGCUGCAUGUCACUCAUUGCUGUGAAGGUUUUCUAUCGUAAGUGCCCCCGAAUUAUACGGAAUGGGGCCGUCUUUCAGGAGACCUUAUCAGGGGCAGAGAGCACCUCUCUGGUGUCGGCUCGGGGCACUUGUAUACCUAAUGGAGAGGAAGUGGAUGUACCCAUUAAACUGUACUGCAAUGGGGAUGGGGAGUGGUUGGUACCUAUCGGGCGCUGUGUUUGCAAGGCAGGGUACGAGUCGGUGGAGAAUGGGACCAUGUGCAAAGCAUGUCCUUUCGGGUUCUUCAAAGCAUCUCAAGGGGACCAGCAAUGUCUCCAGUGUCCCAUCAAUAGCCGCACCACCAACGAGGGCGCGACCAACUGUGUCUGCCGCAGUGGAUACUACCGUACUGACUCUGACCCACUUCAGAUGCCCUGUACCACGGUGCCCUCUGCGCCCCAGAGAGUGAUCUCGAGCGUGAAUGAGACUUCCCUGCGGCUGGAGUGGGAUCCACCGAAGGAGAGCGGAGGCCGUGAAGACGUGGUCUACAACAUCAUCUGCAAGAGCUGCGGCUCGGGUCGAGGGGCCUGCACUCGCUGUGGUGACAACGUACAGUUCGUUCCCCGGCAGCUAGGCCUGACCGAGUCCCGGGUGCAUAUUAGCGACCUGCUGGCCCAUACGCAGUACACUUUCGAGAUCCAGGCUGUUAAUGGAGUUUCUGACCAGAGUCCCUACUCACCUCAGUUCACCUCCAUCAACAUCACCACAAACCAGGCUGCCCCAUCUGCUGUGUCCAUCAUGCAUCAGGUCAGUCGGACUGUGGAUAGUAUCACGUUGUCCUGGUCCCAGCCAGACCAGCCCAAUGGAGUCAUUUUAGACUAUGAACUGCAAUAUUAUGAGAAGAAUAUGGCUGAGUUGAACUCCUCUGUAUUGCGGAGUCAGACUAAUACAGAAGUUAUCCGGGGCCUGAAGCCAGGAACCAUCUACGUGUUCCAAGUGCGAGCCCGCACAGUGGCAGGUUUUGGACGUUUUAGUGGGAAGAUGUACUUUCAAACUAUGACUGAAGACGAAUAUAACUCCAGCCUGCAGGAGAAACUGCCCCUCAUUAUUGGCUCAGCUGCUGCUGGAGUUGUUUUUCUCAUCGCUGUGGUUGUGCUCAUUAUUGUCUGUAAUCGCAGAGGCAGUGACAGGACUGAAUCUGAAUACACCGACAAGCUCCAGCAUUACACCAGUGGUCACAUGUCUCCAGGAAUGAAGAUUUACAUUGAUCCUUUCACGUAUGAGGACCCCAAUGAGGCAGUGCGGGAGUUUGCCAAAGAAAUAGAUAUGUCCUGUGUGAAGAUCGAGCAAGUUAUUGGUGCAGGUGAGUUUGGAGAGGUAUGCAGCGGUAACCUCAGGCUUCCUGGGAAACGGGAGAUUCUGGUGGCCAUUAAGACUCUGAAAUCAGGCUACACUGAGAAACAGCGACGGGAUUUCCUAAGUGAAGCCAGCAUCAUGGGUCAGUUUGACCAUCCCAACAUCAUCCACCUGGAGGGAGUGGUGACCAAGAGCACCCCAGUCAUGAUAAUCACUGAAUUCAUGGAGAAUGGAUCACUGGACUCCUUCCUUCGGCAAAAUGAUGGCCAGUUCACAGUGAUUCAGUUGGUGGGAAUGCUGCGUGGAAUUGCAGCUGGGAUGAAGUACCUCUGUGACAUGAACUACGUACAUCGUGAUCUGGCUGCACGCAACAUCCUGGUCAACAGCAAUCUAGUCUGCAAAGUAUCAGACUUUGGACUUUCCCGCUUUCUUGAAGAUGACACAUCAGAUCCUACAUACACAAGCGCCCUGGGAGGGAAAAUUCCAAUACGAUGGACUGCUCCCGAGGCCAUCCAGUACAGGAAGUUCACCUCCUCCAGUGAUGUGUGGAGCUAUGGGAUUGUAAUGUGGGAGGUCAUGUCCUAUGGAGAGAGACCUUACUGGGACAUGAGCAAUCAAGAUGUCAUAAAUGCCAUCGAGCAGGACUAUAGGUUACCUCCUCCUAUGGACUGCCCAGGUGCACUGCACCAACUAAUGUUGGACUGCUGGCAGAAGGACCGAAACAACCGUCCAAAAUUCAGUCAGAUCGUGAACACUCUAGAUAAGAUGAUCCGUAAUCCAAGCAGCCUGAAGGCCACCACCCCACACUCUUCAGGCGUACAUCUACCUCUGCUGGACCGCAGCACACCAGAUUUUUCCAGCUUCAGCACAGUGGAUGAGUGGCUGGAUGCCAUCAAAAUGGGCCAGUAUAAGGAGAACUUUGCCAAUGAAGACCUCACCACCUUUGAAACUGUCUCUCAAAUGACUAUGGAUGAUAUCCUGAGGGUGGGAGUCACACUAGCCGGCCACCAAAAGAAGAUUCUUAACAGUGUGCAGAUGAUGCGAGCCCAGAUGAACCAGAUCCAGUCUGUGGAGGUUUGAUUCUUAGGAGUAGAGGAUGUGACCAGCCUGUGCACACCGAACCCUCAAACUGGUCCUCCUCUAAGAAAGACACCCCCCUCAGCAAGCCUUGUGUCCAGAGCUCAGUGGUAGCCACUUCCUCCGGGGAUGAAAUAUCAAGAACAGUUUUCCAAAAGGGAAUGAUAUCCACAGAAAUGAACGUCCCGACAAGGCCUUUCUGCACACUGUACUGUAUACACUCAGUAAACCACCAGCACACUGUAGGCAAGCUGAAGCCUUUCCAAUAGCCAAUAAUUUCAUAGCAAUCAACAGUUAUACAUAAAUAUCAUUCAAGCUGCAUUUACAUGCAAGUAUACAGUAUAUUUCAGUAUUAUCUGUGACUUUGCAGUAUUUCAAAUAAGGCAUAUAUUACUAGCAAAUUAAGAAACAGCAGCCUGGCUAUAUACUUUUAAACUUAAAAUACAUUUAAAAAAUAUAUACUUUUUGCAGUAUAAGUUGUUAGUUUUGUGGGUAAAUCUAAUGGAAAGGCUACUGUGACACCACAUCAGGGUUCGUGUGUGGAAAUGAGGAGACGGGGAGCAGUGACACGCUUCGGGUAAGACUUUUAUUUUCUUGGCCUUCGUGUGCAGCGUAUGCACUCUUCAAUGUUCUCACUCAAUAAUAAACAAACUUCACAAACACUCAAUAGCUUCAACACUCAUUGGAAACAGAUGGCAACGCUGCACACUCGUUCUCUCUCCCUCUUCUCUGGCACGUUCAGCUGUUUUAAGGGCUCUCUCCACUAUCACUGUAAUGAGAAACAGCUGUUAGAAAUCAUGUCAACCAGCUUGAGGAGCCACAUCACACCUCCAUCACCACAGCUACCCUUUAAAAAGACUACACAAGCAACCACUGCAAAUUAGAUUCUGAGCAUAUUGCCCCGUUUUCUCUUGUGAUAUGGUUUGGAAUCUCAACCAUAUUCAUGACCUCAUGAAAAUAAAAAUGUUGUAUUGGUGUGCAUUUGAAAUGGACUAUGGACUAAUAGCGAGGAAAAUAGGAAAAACAAAUAUGCACAAGUGAUACUCAUGUAUGAUGAGGAAUGAUCCAUGUGAUGGAUCUUAAACUGGCAGCUCUUGCCAAUAUGAGGACUCUUAUAGAAAUUCAGCUGUGUGAAUAUUAGACAAAGUGACCAAUACUGGUUCAUCAUGUUCUUUGUAUAAAAUAUUGUGAUGAAUAUUUUUGAUUUGCUUCAUGAGCUUAAUUUAUUUGUUUUGUACUUUUUAACAUAGUUACUUUCCGAUUAACCAUAUAAUCAUGCACCAAUGUUGUACUUCGGAUGGUUUUAUCAUGCAUACAUAUCGGGGGCACAUUAUGCUCUGAUUCGCUUACAGAGCCUGGCGACAUAAUUUAACAGAGGUGCAGGCCAGAUUUUACUUUGAUGUUUACUGGUGUUAUUUUUUAUUCCAAUGUUAGUACGUGUACCUUAGUGGCAAGGUAAAUACUGCAAUUCAUUUUUCAUCUUUGACACAUUUUUACAUAACUUGCAUAUUGAGCAUUAUUGUAAGUUCCAUGUUCCAUGUUUGCUUGUUUGUUUUUAGUACAGUGUUGGUUAAUAAGCAGUUGCUCUUCCCGGUGCAUAGCACAUUUGAAACCCAAAAUAGUUGUUGAGUUGACACUUUUAAAGUGAAUGUGCUUCCUUUCAACUUGUUGACUGGUCUUCCAUGUCUGAACACUUUUCAAAUGUAUCUUAAUAGGUUUAAUUCUCAUGUCUAUCAUACAUUUUGUGUUAAUCUGUCUUGUAACACUAACACCUCUUUAACCAACCUUUUCUUGUUCCCCCCCUUGGCACACUCUUUUAAAGUAAAGCAGGCCAUUCUGUCCUUACAUUUUGGAAAGCUUUGCCUGAUGAACUCAUAACUUGCAAGAAAAUUGAAUUACAUGUGUCAAUUUCUAUA